ACAGACCAUGGACAUAAUAAAGGAUGGACCACGGACUGGGAAAAGGCCGCCCGAUCAUUCCUAUACAAACUGCUCAGUGGCGCAGGGUAACAUACAGGAGCGAUUGGCUUCUGCGUUAUGCGGCCAAGACACGUGGGCUAGUCCGUGACGUACCGGAUGCAGAAAUAUAGAACUGAUACCGUAAUGCACCGCUUCUUUGUCUUUGGAUCUUUUGAAUAAAUGGAUCAAUACAUGAUGAAUCACAAUGAUCGCAAGCAGAGGACCGUGAGAGUUAUUGAGCAGCAGAUGAACCAGUCCAAAAAUCGAACACGUUAACGGAGCACUGAACUAGGCCCUCUCGGAUGCCAUUUGUUUCACUAGGACUCCUUUCAGCUGCACACCAGCGAGAUAACGGCUAAUAAAACGCUUGAGGUGGCGUUUUGUAAAUAAAAAAACUUACAUUUUUUAGGACAUGGCGUGAAGGUAAUUAUGAGCCUUUGGUUGAUAUCCAGACAUUUUUUGCGGAGACACAAUCCUGUUCCCCACUUGUAUUGGAGUGGACGGCGAUAUCUACUUCUGGGCCGCCUGAAAUGACGGACCCCCGUCCACAGCCAGCUUAAACAGCUGCAAUACCAGGCGUGGCCUCUGAGCACUGGUGGAUUGCGGAAGUAUGCGCCUAUCCUGGGGGCCUGAUACAGACCCUACUCUACGAUCGUGUACAUGUAGUUCUUUCCUUGGGAGACACCAUGGCUCGCAAACGAGCGAAGCAUAGCAGUUGCUUGGUGUUUGGAUGUACAAAUGAACACAAAAGUCUAUAUUUUGUUCCUUCCUCCGAGCCGCUGAAGAACCAGUGGGUUAAUUUUAUUGUCUCUGGAAAUGCGCCAGUCUGCGCCAAACAUUUCACUGACGACUGCUUCCUCAACUUGGGCCAAUACAGAGCUGGACUUGCUCAACGUCUGAGAAUCAAGUCUGGAUCAGUACCAACUCUCCAUGGCUCAGCUACAAACCUCGGACAAAAGACUGCGAUGCCUUUGGAGACCGUAGCACUCAGCGUGGCGCCACCUCAGAGAUUCUGGGUGUGGACGUCCCUGGCUCCUCCCACAUGUCCAGUCGUAGUGAGGAACUGCUGCAGCAGACCCCAGACACCAUUUCAAUCAAGUUUGAAGAAGAUAUUGGUGGAGGCAUGCCCGCCGUAGAAGACAAUGACAUCAGAGACUGCCUCCCACAUGUCAAGUCACAGCGGGGAGCUGCGCAUCCUGAGCGUCUACGGACAAGGGGAGGGCCCACUGGCGGUCGACGGCCAUGACACCCUCCUCGCUGCGUCAGAACUGGAGGCCUUGAGCUCGCUGUCCGCUGACCACAGCGUGGCCAAGAGCCUGAACUGCAGCGUGAGGCUCGUCCGCCUUGAGGAGCUGACUGGGCAUCAGGGCGGCCGCAAGGGCCGGCCCAGUGUCUUGUGUGGAAAGGUUGUUCCCAACAAUGCCAAUAUAAUCGUCCACAUGAGGACUCACUCCAGCGAGAAUCCCUACAGGUGUGACCAAUGCACACAGUGCUUCAGUCAGAAAGGCCACUUGAAUAGCCACAUGAGAACUCACUCCGGCGAGAAGCCCUACAGGUGUGACCAAUGCACACAGCGCUUCAGUCAUGGCUGCAACCUGAAGAACCACCUGAAGACUCACACCGGCGAGAAGCCCUACAGGUGUGACCAAUGCCCGAAGUGCUUCAGUCUGAAAGACCACCUGAAGACCCACAUGAGAACUCACUCCGGCGAGAAGCCCUACAAGUGUGACCAAUGCACGAAGCGCUUCAGUCAUGGCUGCAACCUGAAGAACCACCUGAGGACUCACACUGGCGAGAAGCCCUACAGGUGUGACCAAUGCCCGAAGUUCUUCAGUCAGAAAGGCCCCCUGAAGCGCCACAUGAGGAUUCACUCUGGGGAGAAGCCCUACAAGUGUGACCAAUGCACGAAGUGCUUCAGUCAUGGCGGCAACCUGAAGAACCACCUGAGGACUCACACUGGCGAGAAGCCCUACAAGUGUGACCAAUGCACGAAGCGCUUCAGUCGGACAGGCACCCUGAAGAUCCACCUGAGGACUCCCUCUGGGGAGAAGCCCUACAAGUGUGACCAAUGCACGAAGUGCUUCAGUCAGAAAGGCCCCCUGAAGCACCACAUGAAGACUCACACUGGCGAGAAGCCCUACAAGUGUGACCAAUGCACGAAGCGCUUCAGUCGGACAGGCACCCUGAAGAUCCACCUGAGGACUCCCUCUGGGGAGAAGCCCUACAAGUGUGACCAAUGCACGAAGUGCUUCAGUCAGAAAGGCCCCCUGAAGCACCACAUGAGGACUCACUCUGGGGAGAAGCCCUACAAGUGUGACCAAUGCACGAUGCGCUUCAGUCAGAAAGGCCACCUGAAGAUCCACAUGAGGACUCACUCCGGGGAGAAGCCCUACAAGUGUGACCAAUGCACGAUGCGCUACAGUCAGAAAGGCACCCUGAAGAUCCACAUGAGGACUCACUCCGGUUAGACGCUCUGCCUGUUAGUGCAUUGGAACGCCAGCUACAGCGACCCAAGCAAUUUGAGUGUCCACAUGCUCAAGGACACGGGCAUUGGGGUGCUUUCACACAGGGUAACGGGGCGCUUUGAUUGAGAGCUCUGUCCGGUAUUUGUCGAAAUUACUGCUUUUAGUUUUUCUUUUCAUCAGGAUUAAACACUUUCCAGCUUUUGUUUCGCUUUGUUUUGCUUUGUUUUAAUUUUUGUAAUUCAUGUCUGUGUGAUAAAGAACUUAUUUCUCUGACUCUUCUAACAGCUAAAUAUUAGGAAACGUUCACAUCGUUGGUAAAUACAAAGGAAACUUGUGAGGGGAGUAUACCACGAACCUCGCUGAACAUACCCAGGCUUUCUUGGGAAAACCUGGUUCGACAGAGGCGCAACUCGCAGUCAGAGUUAAAUGGUUCCACGACACUCACUUUAGAUUCAAUUAGUCGAACCAGGUUUUCCGCUUUAGGUUCAAUGCUCGUUCACAUAAAAGGUGUGUUUAUCACGUCAUUUCACCCCCACUUGUGCAAAGUGAAUCGAGCGUGCGUGGUGUAUUAUGAAUUCCUACGAGGAAUUCAAAGUCGAAAUCACAGCCAAGGGGAACACGGUUGCCCAUAAUAUGGCUAGGGUAGCGCGCUGGCAAAAAAAAGCCGUCCGUGUUAAUUCGUAAGUGAAUAGAUUCUGCAUAUUGUCUAAAAAAUAUCAUGUAUCAUCAUGCCUUUUACCCCAUAGAUGUGGUGCCAGCACGCUCCUACGAACAUGGGGCCAAGUCAAAAAUAAAUAUUUAAAUAAUAUUUAAUGUGGUAAGUUGUAAGCAUCCAUUUGAAUAAUUUCAGGUGAAUCUAGCCUGUAUGAUUUGCAAUGGCCUAGGCUCCUACCUUUAGACACAUGUUGAUUACCUGUAGCAAAGAAAACCAAAUUUAAUAUGACUGGGAGGGGGACCGCUCCACCGCCCUUCACCACUUCGGAGGAGCUGGCUCUCGCCAAUAACUAAGGUCGGCCAAUGAUGGUUGGAGUGGAAGGGGGGAUGUCCUCUGACCCCACUGCCUCGACUUCCAAGGCCUUUGUAAUGAGUAUGUAUUCAUGUAUUGGCAAUGGACAUCAAUAAUUGUCUUGCUAAUCAAAUUGUUGUGAAAUGAUUGAGUGUAAAUUAAUUGUCAUUUUUAGUUGAAGGUACAAACAUUAGUUUGGAGGAGCUGCCGACAAUCAAUCUCCAAUCAGAGGUAUAUAACUAUCAAAGCAAAGUGUCUCCUAUUUUUCUGAAUGUUUAAUUUCUGGACAGAAUGUCCUAUAAUAGGUUUCCCUGAUUCUUGCAGGAGACUGUCGCCCUGUGACUCAGGGCGACUAUGGAGGUGAUUUUUCUGAACAAUUCUCACAGCUAUAGUAUGAAUAGAAAAUGCCUAGGCCUAAUUGUGUCACUGACAGCGGUUAUGUGUAUGCGGCUGAUGGUGGAUGCGGCUGAUGGUGAAUGCUGCUGAAGGUGAAUGCUGCUGAUGGUGGAUGCUGAUGGCUACUGCUGCAGGUCGCUGCUUGAGGCGAUGGCUGCUUGAGCUGGCUGGUGCCGGAUAACACUGCUGCUGCAGGUCGCUGCUGCUUGAGGCGAUGGCUGCUUGAGCUGGCUGGUGGUGGCGAAGGAUGGUGGUGUCGCCUUCUGCUGCUAGUGGUGGCGGCUUGUGCUGGCGACGGCUGUUGGUGGUGGUGGCGGCGGCGGCGACUGCUGCGAUUGUUGUCCUUCCUUUCGACCUGAUGCACUUUACUAUCCUUAACCUCAGCCUGAUGUUUGUGGAGUAUUUUCUUUGUUUAUUGAUAACUUAUAAUAUUCCUCCCUGUUCCUUCACUUUGUUCUUGUUUUACAAGUUAGACAUACACGCACACCUGUUUACACAUUUGUUGUUCUUGUUGCACACAUGACUAACAUUGUUUUAUUUAUUGAUACCCCCUGGCUCUACUUUGCUGUUCUUGUUCACUUACUGUAUGUUUGCUUUGUUGUUCUUAGUCCUUGUUCCCACUUGUUUUUGGUUCCACAAACCUCAGCCUGAUAUAUCUGGCAUCUCAAACACUGGGUCCAGGGCCCCGUUUCCCGAUAACGAUGGAUCUUCGCUCGUAAGAUCAUUCUCCCGAUGGAUCUUUCGAACCAUCGAUAAUUUCUUUGGAGCAUUUGGGGGGGGGGGGAUAUAGGACGUAAAUAUGGGCUAUUAUGACACGGCUCUUCUCAAUGCCGUGGAACGCUCCGUUCACUUGCUUGGGACCUUCACAACAACGCCAGCGUCUUCGGCUGCUUAGCAACGUCAACGUCUUUGGCUAACUAUUUCUCUGCUGAUCAACACUACGUAUGGUAACAAAUAAAUUAUAAAAAGACACCUUGUGAAGUCAGGCUAUUUUUUCGUUUGGCAAGUAGCUGCUCAUAAUCGAAAAUAAGCCCCUUCAGGUCGAAGCACCUCCGUUUCGCGUCGGUGUCCGAUUCACCCUGUCUGGGCUUAUUUUCCCGAUAAUGACCGGCGUUCUAUUAUCCCACUUAACGUCAAUAUUACUCUGCAUGUGGAAGGGAAAAUAGCUUUAUUUGUAAUAACAAUAUUAUGCGGCUGUAUUUUCCGAGACCCCCAAAGAGUUUAUUGCUUUCAUGGGAGCCAGACCUCUCUUGAUUGGAGCUCAGCUCCCACUGCCUCCCACCUAACUCGAACCCUGGCUAUAGGUCUUUCUACACUGCCGAGCCGGUUCGGUCGCAGCUUGGCACGCCCGACGAUUUCACCUUCUUAUCUCAAGUUUCCUGUGUAAACCGAGGGGGUCAAAUCCCCCGUUCGUCACGGCGCGGGGUUUCUUGGUUCACUGGGGAAGGCGGGGCUGUGCACGGAGUCUCUGACCUCUUUAGAAUCAUUUGUAUUAUUGCAUACUCCCGAAUGUUUUUUUUUUAUGAAUGAAGACACCCGCAUGCAAUAAUGAGUUCACUCUAUAGUGGGCUAACGAUGCUCUUAGCGUCCUACGAGUACCCUGGAGCACUCGUUAGCUACGAGCGUUUUCAAGACAUUCGUUACCAACGAUGCUUUCGGGAAACGGUGUGAAAACUGUACGAUGCUCGUACGACCCACUCUGCGAUCCACUUAGGCUAACGAUGCUUUCGGGAAACGGGGCCCGGCUUUACUUGGUGCCUACUCUCUUUGCAGCGUGCAGAUGUUAGGCAGUGGAAUCUGCAUUUGCUGCAGGGUUUUAUAACCAGUGGUCCAUUUUACUUGUAUUGCUUUUUUAAUUGUCUCCUUUCCUCAGCGCAUUCCUCUCUUGUUAACACAAUAUUCAUCCCUGUUCCUUCACUUUGUUGUUGUUUUUCAAGUUGGACACACACACACACACACACUCUUGUUGUCUGACCCAUUGUUUAAUAAAAAAAAUACUUUCAUUUGUUAUUCUUUAAUAUAUGUGAUACUUUUGAUUCUGAUUCCAGAACAGAUGUAGUAAG